CGGACGCGCCAACGUGAAACAGUAGCGCCUUCCCGCUCAAUUAAUAUAUUUAACUGUCGUCUUUCUUCACUUUGGUGCACUAAACUACAUCGUGUCUUUGAUAAACAAUUCGUAGAAAAUCUAUAAACUGUUAAAAUUUCGUUAUCAUUAUAUGGGAAAUGACGUAUAGUUUUAUUUGCGACCUUUUUUGAUGCAUGUUGAGACUGAUAACUUCCGGAGCGUCAGACAAAUAAAUACAAGUCAUCUGGUUCUUAUUAUGUCGUCUUCUUACAUCAUGUCGACUUUUGGGUUUGUCGUUGUUGUCCUAACGGUCUCUCUACACCCUGGACAUUCCAUGUUCAUCAAAGACCCUCUGGCAUUCGAGAAACACAAUUCUCUGGCUAUCUGCUCAGAGUGCAGACAGAUCAUCCAGCUAUCUGCCAACAUGAUCCCCAGCAAAGAUAGUAAGGAGCGCGUGUAUGAAACCUUGUCUGCACUAUGCCAGCAACUCCCGGGCAAACAAGCAUUGGAAUGUGACUCUCAGUUGAAGAUGGAUUUGCCCCAAAUCCUGCUGUUACCACUUAAUCACAGGGAUAGGAGAGAUAUCUGCUCGGCUUUCGGGCUGUGCGCUGUCCACAAAGAUGAGAUUGCACUUCCCCAGCAUGACAAUGGGGAAGUCGUACCUGCACUCACCAACACGCACGAGCAGUUCAACCCAGCUUGCACCCUGUGCCUGUUUGUCAUCAAGAAACUGGAGACCCUGUUGCCUCAAAACAUGACUGAGGAUGCGUUGAUGAAGCUCAUAGACGAGGUCUGCGAUCUCCUCCCUCAGAGCUACAAGGACGAGUGCGAUGACUUUGUUAGCAAAUAUGGCGUACAGAUAGUGGAGUUCCUGCUGUCUUCGGCCGCCCCUCACACCAUAUGUGCACUGCUGCACAUAUGUUUGUUCAGGGACUCUAAUGUGCCAGAGGUUCCGGUCCCCUCGGACUGCGAUUCAUGCCGUACGCUGGCUGUGCUGAGCCGACUUCAACUGGGUGUCAACGCCACAAAACCUGAGACGUCCUCCUUCCUGCGGUCUGUGUGUGGUCGUCACCCCAAUUCCAUCCCAAAGUGUGAGGCGUUCACAAAAAUCUAUGGCACAAGACUGCAGGAGGUUUUGGAAAACCAGGUGGACCAUGUAGACAUUUGUGAAAGAGCUGAUCUGUGCACUAAAAAAAAGUCAAAGCUGGUGGGAAGCAAUCCCUGCACUUGGGGGCCAAGCUACUGGUGCAGAGACACAAACACAGCUCAGAAGUGUGGUAACGUGGCCUUCUGUGAGAAGCACAUGUGGAAGAAGUGAAAAGCUCUUCAUCGACUACAUGCACAUACACGCACAGUCGCAUAAUUAUUUGCCUGAUAUACUUAACAUUUUUGUAAUGUAGGUUUUUUUUUCCACCUCCCUAUGUUUGUCUGCAUGAAAAAUGUGACUUACAGUCACCACUUGUUCAGUUGUCCUCUGAUCAAAGAUUGUGGAAAUAGUCUGUGGCUAAUAUUAAAUAUCUUCAGAUGAUUGAAAGGCAAUGGGAAGAGCUAUAUUGUUUUUGCGCAGUUGGGGCAGAAGAAUGUUUAUUUAGGAAACAUGAACAUAAAAACAAAUACUGGAAAAAAUACAAAUGUGAUUUUUUUUCUGACCAAAAAAAGAAAAAAAAUCCUGUUACUGUUUUGUGAUGCUCCUUUUAACCACUACGCACCGGUGUGGUUGUUCAUGUCCUUAUCAUUCUCCUGUCGCUUCCAAAUCUACAAGACAUGAAAAUGAAAUCUAUCUAUCUGAAUACCACUGAAGAAAAACAAUAAGCCCUCUGUUGAUUUGUUUGUCCAGUGGAGCCACAAAGGUUGAACACAACGAAUUCCAAAAUGCCGGCGCCCAAUUUGUCGCGAUUCCAAAAUAUGUUUUCGUCUACACCAGGGUCCAACUGAGUAUUACAAACUGAUCUUGCACAGGCCAAGUGUUAACUUUUUUAACGUAUGUGCAAAAAGGUAACUGUUAAUAUUAAAAUGUAAAAACUAAAAUUCUGUUUCAUGAUAAGGCUGGCUACUGAGGUCAUUUGAAUCAUAGAUGUGGCUUGGGAUCUCACAAUUCAUUUUUAGAAUGAAUCCUUUAAUCUCUGUUUGGUUGAGGUUUUGCAACAUUAGCCGAUCUUUUCUGUCACACAUGAUUUUUUUUUCAUUAAAAUGUUACGGGCAUUCAACUUGAGAGGUUCUACUGGACAUGAUAUAAUUUUUAGACAUUUCUGUAAAAAGUAUGAAUGAGUGGAUGAGCCUGUCACAGCCAUUGCUUCUGUUCUAUCGUGUACAUUUGUAUCUGUUGUAUUGUUGAAAAAUAUGUACUGGUAAUCUUGUUGCAGAAUCACAACGGUGACAAUCUCUGAACUCAGUACUCACAAUAAAAACUGUAUGAAUAA